AUGCCGCCACAGCUCGUCUCAUCCUCCGUCCGUCUCUUAGACGCAUCGCAGGACCAUCCUCCUCCCUUUGACCGCAUUUCCCUCGAUAUGAACGUGAAAUGUUGCUGGGCGGUUUCCCCACGCAGCAGCGAGCAAAAACAGCUUCUGCCAGGUUUUGAGCAUCAAUGCCUUCCACCUAUGCUUGCCUCCUGCUCGCCAACCAAAAGCAAACUGGAGCUUGGGGCUCCAACAGCAGUAUCCGAGCAAGGUUCUUCACAGCGUGAUUUCGUCCUCAAACAUGUCCUAUCCACGGACGUUGAUACGGAUAGCCAACCAAGCUAUGACACGAAACCUUCAGAGAAACCACAGCAGCGUAGGCCAGGUCAAUAUAUUGGCGCCAUCGAUCAGGGCACCACUACAUCUAAGUUUAUAAUCUUCGAUGACAGAGGGGAUUCAGUCGUAUCUCAUCAGGUGGAACUGAACAGGAUCUGUCAGCACUCAGGAUGGCACGAAGAGGAUCCAGAAGAAAUAGUCUCCUCGGUUGAAAAAUGCAUUGACCAGACAACCAAAGCCUUCGUUUCUCAAGGAUUCUCAAUCUCGGAUAUCCAAACAAUAGGCGUGACCACUCAUCGCGAAACCACAGUUGUAUGGGAUUGGGAAACGGGAAAACCACUGCAUAAUGCCAUCGCAUGGCCAGACACGCGCACCACCUCCCUAGUCAGAGAGCUGAAGAAGUAA